GUAAACAGCGGAAGCAGACUGUGAGCUGUUGCCGUGUAGAGAACGGUGCAGAAAUCUGCACACACAGCUCUCACCGCACAGACGCUGAACCGCUGAACCGCUCGGCAUGUGGCCGCUGAAGCUCGCCUGUCUGGCCGCUGUGUGCGGACUGACCGUGUGUGUGACCGGCGGGAUGCUCUAUCCGCGAGAGUCUCCUUCCAGAGAGAGGAAAGAGCUGGACGGACUGUGGAGCUUCAGGGCGGACUUCUCCCCGGACAGGCGCGCCGGGUUCAGCCAGGCCUGGUUCAAACAGCCUUUAGCAGAGACAGGACCUGUGAUUGACAUGGCAGUCCCCUCCAGCUUCAAUGAUAUCACUCAGGAUGCUGAGCUGAGGGAUUUCAUUGGCUGGGUGUGGUAUGAGAAGGAAGUGUGGGUCCCUGUCCGCUGGCUUCAGGACAAGGACACGAGGAUCGUCCUGAGAGUUGGAAGUGCUCACUACUACUCAGUGGUUUGGGUGAAUGGGGUGAAGGUGAUGGAGCAUGAAGGCGGCCAUCUUCCCUUUGAGGCGGAUAUUGACAGUGUGAUCCGGAAAGACAUGGGCAUGCCGUGUCGUCUCACCAUCGCUGUUAAUAACACUCUGGACCUGCACACUCUGCCGCCAGGAACGAUCCAGUUCAUGAAUGAUCGCACCAAGUACCCCGCAGGCUACUUCAUUCAAAGCUACAGCUUUGAUUUCUUCAACUAUGCGGGAAUACAUCGAUCCGUCCUGCUGUACACAACUCCAAGGGCGUACAUUGACGACAUCACCGUGGACACUAACUUUUCUGACAGUACUGGUUUUGUGUUUUACAACAUGUCAGUGGUGGGCAGUGCCAAGCCCACAGUGAAGGUUGCUCUUUCGGGUAAGGAUGGACGAUGCGUGGCCACCGCUGAUGGAACCUCAGGCGUUCUAAAAGUGCCAAAUGUCAACCUGUGGUGGCCUUACCUGAUGCAUGAAAACGCAGGCUACCUGUACUCAAUGGAGGUUCAACUGACAGCGGAGAGUGGGCAGAUAGAUGUGUACAUGCUGCCGGUGGGCAUCCGCACUGUGCAAGUCACCAGCUCAAAGUUCCUCAUUAACAAGAAGCCCUUCUACUUCCAUGGAGUGAACAAACAUGAGGAUGCAGAUAUUCGAGGUAAGGGUUUUGACUGGCCCCUUAUUGUGAAAGACUUCAACCUGAUGAAGUGGAUGGGUGCCAAUUCAUUCCGCACUAGUCACUACCCAUACGCUGAGGAGAUCCUGCAGAUGGCCGACCGUCAUGGCAUUGUGGUUAUAGACGAGUGUCCAGGAGUUGGCAUUAAAGACAAACAAAGUUUUGGGAAUGAGUCCUUGGCCCAUCAUCUGGUCGUCAUGGAGGAGCUCGUGAGGCGGGAUAAGAACCACCCUUCUGUGGUCAUGUGGUCUGUAGCCAAUGAGCCAGCAGCUGAUAUUCCCCCAGCAGCCUUCUAUUUCAAGCAACUGGUAGCUCACACAAAAUCUCUGGAUUCAACGCGCCCUGUGACCUUUAUUACAGACACUAACUACGCCAAAGACCUAGGGGCUCCCUAUGUGGAUGUUAUCUGCGUGAACAGCUAUUUCUCCUGGUACCAUGACCCUGGCCACCUAGAGGUCAUCCCCAUCCAGCUCAAUACCCAAUUUGAUAACUGGUACGGAAAGUACCAGAAGCCCAUCAUACAGAGCGAGUAUGGGGCGGACGCUGUGCCUGGCCUACACAAUGAUCCGCCGAUGAUGUUCACUGAGGAGUACCAGAAGAGAGUCCUGCAGAGCUACCACAAAGUGUUUGACCAGAAGAGGAAGGAGUUUGUCGUGGGAGAGCUCAUCUGGAACUUUGCUGACUUCAUGACUUCUCAGGGCAUCACUCGUGUGGUGGGAAACAAGAAGGGCAUGUUCACUCGUCAGCGGCAGCCCAAAUCGGCUGCCUUCCUCCUGAGAGAGCGCUACUGGACCAUUGCCAAUGAGACAGGUGUCCUGCCCACAUGGGCCAAGUACCCCUGCCAGUGAGCCCACUGCUCCUGCCGCUUCAUUACCUCUGGGUGUGUGCAUUCGCCUGGGGGACUAGAAAUAUGAACAGUGAAAAUUGACCAUGUUUAUGAAGUCAAAAUCGUGCCUUAUGUCAAUCAGUUAAUGGCCAGAUUUCAAGUGGCACUUUCUGCUGCUUCAUCUGAUUGUUUUUAAUUCAGGGAGCAUCUUUUAAAGUGCACAAUAGCACAAAAUCAAAUGUACUGCUAGAAUGCUGUAUGCGUGUUGGUGUGUGUGUGUGUGUGUUGUGUUGAGGGUAACAACACUAGUAGCACUCAUUAGGGCUGUUUAUUUGAACGUGCCACAUUAUCCAGGUGCUCUUUGUGCGUGUCAUUAAGAGGGAACUGAUUUUAUAAAGGUAGACCAUGUGCUUGUCUUACAGUUCACUGCCCUUUAGUAAUUCAUCUAGGAAAAUUGGUUCAAUCAGCCUUUUUAAAUGAAUUCAGAGUCCCCAGUUGCGAUGACCUUUCUAUAACAAUGGCAUAUAAGUGAACUGUAAAAUAGUUGAUGACGCUUGCCUUUUCACACGGAUCUGAGACCAGCUUUGCCUGUUUUUGCAUAAUGGUUCCAUUUUCCUUGUUUACAAGGGGAAACUGUUCUGAGGUCAGCGUUCAGGGCACUCACACGGAUUAGUAUGCAGCCUGUGAGCCGUGUUGUUGUCUUGGUUUUUGUUGUGUGAGCAUGAUGGAGCUUGCCUGUUCUGUCCUCUAUUCUAUAAUAAGCAUUUCAAGCUGCCCUUUGUUUUCAUCACAUUCCAAACAUCUCCAGCAUUCCAGUCACUAUUGCUGCGUAUUCUAACCCAGAACUCAGCUUAGAACGACAAAUCUUCUUUAAAACAUAUAACAUGAACAGAUACUCUGUAUGUCCAAAAGUUUGCAGACACCUACUCCAACAGUUUUCUUCUGAAAUCAAGGUCAUUAUUAGGGAGUUGCUGCAGUAACAGCCUCUACUCUUCUUGGAAGGCACUGGGUGGUGGAACAUUGCUGUGAGGAUUUGAUUGUAUUCAGAGCAUUAGUGAGAUCAGGUGGUCAGGUGAGGUCACUAAUGUUGGAUGAUUAGUUCUGGAUCACCCCACCUCAUCCUAGAGGAGUUGGAUGGAGCUCCAUCACUCCAAAGCAUGCAGUUCCACUACUCCACAGCCUAAUGCAAAAGGGAAUUAACACCCCUCUAGCUGAUGCUUUAUAUUGGGCAUGGUGGCCUGUGUCAGCAAUGGGUGGCUGAAUUAACCAAUUAGAAGAGGUGUCUGGAGACUUUUGGACAUGCAUAAUUGAACACACUGGUCAAACUGUGUUUUGUUGCUUGAAAAAUAAGCUUACACAUCCUCUACACAAUUUAUAGUGCGCAAUUUUGUUUUAUUUGCCAAAAAUGCAACCACAAAAAUCUAAAAUGUGCCAUAAAAUGUUAAAUUAGCAAAAACAGUUAUUGUGUUAAAAUAUGCUCAUUUUCACUUUGACUGGGGCUCCCAAACUUUGGGAUAUGACUGUAUAUUGUACGUACAUAAGAUAGUUGAACAGAUAAAGAUGUUAGUUCAGUGAAAGUUCAACUUGUCACCAGAACAGUGAAGGAGAUGAAGCUUCUGUUUCCUAUUUACUGUCAUGCUAAGUAUGACAGUAUGUAGAAAAACCCACUUUGACUAAUACAUUUUGCCCUCAUUCACUGAGUUCAUGCGAUUCUCUUUUCUAUUUCAACUUUUCUCACACAUUCAUUACCUGCUGCUUCUUAUUCCAGUCUAACCAGUUGAGGCGCACUGCCUGUGGUGUCUAUCUCCAAGCAUUUGGUGCAAUUAUGCUGUUAAUUACUUACUAUACUUUUUGACUGGAGAACUUGGAGAAGUUUCUGUUUGAGACUGUUCUAUUUUUCACUUCUCUUAACUGACUAAUGCAUGGUUUCCUCCAAGCGUGACUGAACUAAGAUCAUAUGACUGGGGAGUAUUGCUUUGAUUGGUCUUACAUUUUACCACUGAGAAAGUUUUGGAAACUGGGCCUGGAUCUGUUAGCAGACCAUCUAUUCAUAUAUGACCAUUUUCCAAAAAAGACUGCAUUCGUGACUCUGAGUGUGAUCCACAUCAGAAUUAAAAAGAUGUGGUUAGAAGUGUUUGGUGUUUACAGACAAAUAUCAGAUAUGUUGCAGGAAACAAUCAGCCUUUGAGGUUUUACCACCAGCAGGCCUACCAACUAUCUGACGCUGCUGUUUGUGUUUGUACUUUCAGGUUUUAUAAACUUUCAAUAAUGACUAGUCCAACUGCCAGUAGGUUGCGUUUGGUCUUCUGAAAUCCAACCGUACAGGGGCCUUACAUCGUGAUCGGUUUUACUACACACUGUAACACAAGCUUUAUGCCGCUCUCAACAGGUUGUGUGUAUUUGUUUGUUACCUUUGCUUCAAUCUUAUCUGGAUAUAUGUAGUGUGUUCCUUUUCUAUAUGAUGGUCAAAACUGCUACAAAAUGGAUUUUUACAAUUGAUUGCAGCUUUUGUUCUUUCAAUAAAGGUCAAAUUCUUAUGUAUAAAAAAAAAACCUGCACUCUGGUUUUAGCUGUUGAGUAUUAACCCAAAACAAGUGCUGCAAGCACCUCAGU